AUGAACCCGCACUAUCACGGGUACGGGGAGCUCAGCUCGCCGCACCCGCCCUCACCAGAGGCCGCUUUCGCCGCCAACGGCCACGACUACCCGCACAACAACAACAACCCAGCACUAAAGGAAUGCGCCGGUUGCGGCGGCAAAAUCGUGGAAAGGUUCUUACUGCACGCACUCGACAGAUACUGGCACCACGGUUGCUUGAAAUGCACGUGCUGUGGACAGGCGCUCGCGGACAUGGGUCGAUCCUUUUAUUUCAAAGGCGGAAUGAUAUUGUGCAAAAACGAUUAUACGAGAAUGUUUGGGUCAAGCGGUGCGUGCGCGGCGUGCGGGCAGGCGAUCCCCGCGAGCGAGUUCGUGAUGCGGACCAGCGCGCCCCAGCAGCCGCUACACGUCUUCCACAUAAAGUGCUUCGCCUGUUCUAAGUGCGGCUCACACCUCAUGCAGGGCGACAGGUAUUACAUGCUGGCGGGGUCGCUGGUGUGCGAACAGGACUGGCAGAAGCUGAUGAAGAGCGCGAACGCAGCGCCCGGACCUGGCGCGCCGCUGCGAAAGGGCAAAGUAGGACGUCCGCGCCGCUCGCGGGAAUGA